UUUGUCAGACAUCAAACAUUCUAGACAUGGCACCUAGACCUAGGACUGGGUCACACAAGCUGCUCCAGAAGGAUCCAAGAAGACCAGGAAGGUGGAAUACAAUGCAUGUCCGCAUUGCAUGGCAGAUCCACCACCAUAAGCUGAGAGUGAAGCAGAAGAUGCAAGUGGACGCAAAUGCAAUCAACUUCAGUGUCAAACCAGAAUUUCUGACUCAGCCUCCUGGUUCUGACCUGAUUCAAGCCAUCCCCCAUCAGUGGGAUCUUAUUCAGUACUCCACCCCACCCUCUAACCCAGAGUCACACAGUAGACAUCCUUUAUUUGGAGGUUUGGGAUCACUGAGGGUCACAACCUUUGGUGGACUGCCAAAACUAGCACUAAACUAUCCCAUGAUCUAUCACAAAGACAAUCUAAAUGUACCAAGUGGAGAAGAAGGAGGAACUCCAGAGUGGUGGAGCAGGCAGCAGAAGACACCCCCAUCCUCUGUAUGUCAACCUGAACGCUCUACAGAACCUGAACAACCAGGAAGAGAUUCAAUCAGGGAACCUCAGGACAGAGAAUGGGGACAGCAGCUACACCUACCCAGAGAGAAGAUGGAGGAGAAACAGUACAUAGUGGAGAAACACCAAGGCCACACUGCUGCAGGGACUCAUGACAGUUCACCUGCUGAAGACAAGUCUGUUCCUCAGACAAUAACCUUGGAACAUGGUCAGCGGUCCAAUGGCAGCUGUAGCUGGGAGUCAGGUGACAGGAAGAGAAGGCUUGAGUGUAAGAACAACAUAAAGGUCAAGAAGAUUAAGCGGAAAAGAGAGGAUGACCAGGAGGAUUUCAAUGAAGGUCCUCAACCCACAGAGAAACCAUCCCUGGUCCCACUCACGCCAACACUCACGCCAUCCUCCAUGUCGAUGCAGCACAUGACCAUAGGGAACAUUAUUCCGAGGCUCUACCCAGUAAAUAGUGUAUGUAAUCUGGCCCGGACUCAGGUUGGCACUCCUAAUAUGGGGCUCAUCCCCUACCAUGCACUUCCCUGGGACACCCCAAGAGACCCACUGUGGGAUGUAUACAGGGGUAUGGACCUCCCUGUUUCCUCCUGUCAAGAGCUGGUCAUGAGGGCUGAUCCUCUGCAUGGUGUGGUGGGGGCCAGGCUGUUGGAGGCAGCAGACUGUUCAUAUAGAGACCCUCAUCACAGCUUUCCACACCCACCCCAUCACUCCCCACUGGUCCUGAAGCAGCAGGAGAGGGCUUACCUCAUGGAAAGAGAGCGUCUGCACCUGCGCAGAGAGGAAUCCUACGAGCACAGCCUCUAUUCUGCCACCAUGGGAGACCAUCUCCCCCAUCCCAGCCUCCUGACCUCCACCUAUUCCAGGUCACAUAUCUCCAGGGUGGGUCUCACCCAGAGUAGCCUCCCGAACAGAACUCUUACCCCUGGGUUCUUAAGCACACUGCCGCCUUUGGUCCCCUUCUCUCUCCCCUUGUCUGGUGCUCCCCACAGAACUACCUCGUAAUGACAGAAAUCAGAAGACCCUACUCUGUGUGCUUGCUUGCCUUAGAACUAUAACUCAGUACUGCUUCAAGACAAAUUCUGCCUGUAUGAUACAGAUAAAAGACAAACUACUAUGUUGAAUUACAUCCCUUAAAAACACCUGUAAAUUGAUGAGCAAUAACAUUGCUCAACAACAAAGUGCAAUCCAACAAAUGAGUUCAUAAAAUGGACAGACAAAAAAUACAAAUAACUGACAAAACUUAACAAAUGUAAAAAAAAAAAUGUAAAAAAAGAACUAGGUCAAAUAAAAAGCUAUAGCAUUAAUUAAAUCAGAAUAAAGGAAAAUCUAAGAUCUAUGACUUAAUGGAAAAGAGUUUCAAAAACAUCAGAAAUAUUACCUGACACCACAAAAGUUAUUUCAAAACUGCUGUCAAUGGGGUCACAUUCUGAGGCUGAACUAAAAGCGCAGACUGUAUUUAAGC